AUGGGUAAAAAGAUAAAGAAGGAAGUUGAACCUCCCCCUAAGGAUGUGUUCGACCCACUCACAAUUGAAAGCAAAAAAGCAGCCACUGUGGUGCUAAUGCUCAACUCUCCAGAGGAGGAGAUCUUAGCCAAAGCUUGCGAAGCCAUUUAUAAGUUUGCUUUGAAAGGUGAGGAGAAUAAAGCAACUCUCCUUGAACUUGGAGCUGUGGAGCCUUUGACCAAACUGCUUACCCACGAAGACAAAAUAGUAAGAAGAAACGCUACAAUGAUCUUUGGCAUCUUGGCUUCCAACAGUGAUGUUAAAAAGUUAUUGAGGGAGUUAGAGGUCAUGAAUUCUGUUAUUGCUCAGCUUGCUCCAGAAGAAGAAGUGGUAAUCCAUGAAUUUGCAAGUCUUUGUCUCGCAAACUUGUCGGUAGAGUACACAGGGAAAGUACAGAUAUAUGAGCACGGUGGACUGGAGCCACUCAUCAGACUGCUGAGUAGCCCAGACCCGGAUGUGAAGAAGAAUUCUAUUGAAUGCAUCUACAACUUGGUACAGGAUUUUCAGUGUCGGACUACACUCCAUGAACUAAACCCAAUCCCUCCGAUAUUAGAGCUCCUGAAGUCCGAGUAUCCCAUUAUCCAGCUGCUGGCUCUCAAAACCCUAGGUGUUAUUACGUGUGAUAAGGAGUCUCGGGCGAUGCUGAAAGAGAAUCAAGGGCUGGACCAACUCUCCAAGAUCCUGGAGACCAAGGAAUGGAAUGAUCUUCAUGUUGAAGCACUUGCAGUGAUAGCCAAUUGUCUGGAGGAUAUGGACACAGUGGUGCUGAUGCAGCAGACAGGGAUCCUCAGAAAACUACUUUCAUUCGCAGAGAACUCGACAGUUCCUGACAUCCAGAAGAAUUCAGCCAAGGCCAUUACUAAAGCGGCUUAUGAUGCUGAAAAUAGAAAAAUUUUUCAUGAACAAGAGGUUGAAAAAUGCCUGGUGGCCCUCCUGGGGUCUGAUAGUGAUGGAACCAAGAUUGCUGCUUCCCAAGCUAUUUCAGCCAUGAGUGAGAACUCCAGCAGCAAAGACUUUUUCAACACCCAGGGGAUUCCACAGAUAGUUCAGUUGCUCAGAAGUGACAAUGAGGAGGUGAGGGAGGCAGCUGCCCUGGCCCUGGCCAACCUGACCACCAGCAGCUCUGCAAAUGCCAAUGCAGCUGCAGAAGCUGACGCUAUUGAUCCACUGAUCAACAUCCUGUCGAGCAAGCGGGAUGGAGCCAUCGCCAACGCUGCCACUGUGCUGACCAACAUGGCCAUACAGGAGCCUCUUCGCUCCAUCAUCCAGGGUCACGACGUGAUGCAGGCGCUACUGGCCCCGCUGCACUCCACCAACACAGUGGUGCAGAGCACCGCAGCACUCACCGUGGCUUCCACCGCCUGCGACGUGGAGGCCCGCAACCAGCUGAGGAACUGUGGUGGUCUGGAGCCCCUGGUUGAGCUCCUGCACUCUAAAAAUGAUGAAGUACGAAGGCACGCGAGCUGGGCUGUGAUGGUCUGUGCCAGUGAUGAGGUGACGGCCGUUGAGCUAUGCAAGCUCGGGGCUCUAGAUAUCCUUGGAGAAAUUAAUCUAUCCGUAAGUCGGAAAAAUAAAUUCAGUGAGGCAGCCUAUAACAAAUUGCUUAACAACAAUCUUUCCCUGAAAUAUAGCCAGACUGGCUAUUUGUCAUCAAGCAACUUGAUUAGUGAUGGAUUCUAUGAUUGCGGUCGGAUAAAUCCUGGCACCAAACUUUUGCCGCUGAAGGAACUCAGCUUACAGGAGGUGAACGAUCAACGUGCUAUUCUAUUAGUCAACUGUAAAUCCGACAUUUCUCCACCGCCAUCUAUGGAGGAUAAAUCGUCAGAUGUUGGCUACGGACGAAGCAUUUCUUCUUCAUCUUCCUUAAGAAGGGCAAGCAGAGAGAAAACAAAAGAAAAAAGUUUUCAUUUUAGCGCUGGAUUUGGAUCACCCACAGAAGAAAAAUCAGAGCCCACAUCAGGACGGAACACUGCCCUUAGCAGAGGUGCUGCCAAAGAGAAAGGAUCAAGGAAAGGGAGGGGGAAAAAAGAAGAAGAGAAAGUAAAAGAGGAAGAAGAAAUCCUGGCAGUGCCCAAACUGACAGAAGGCAGCUCCGAAAAAGAAUGGUACCCUCCUCCUGACCCCGAGUUAUGUGUGUAUGUGUACGAGGUGACCAAGUCCAUACUGCCCAUCGUCAACAUUAAGGAUCAGAUUGAGGCGCUUGCCAAGUUUGUGGCAGAUAAAAUGGGCGGUAAAAUUCCAAAAGAGAAGAUGUCUGAUUUCAGCUGGGAACUUCACAUAAGUGAGCUGAAAUUUCAACUGAAAUCCAAUGUUAUACCCAUUGGACAUAUCAAGAAAGGAAUCUUUUAUCAUCGAGCUUUGCUUUUCAAGGUACUGGCUGAUAAAAUCGGUGUGGGCAGCUGCCUGGUGCGUGGUGAAUACAGCCGAGCGUGGAACGAAGUGAAGCUGCUGAAUGAGGCUCGGAAGGGCAUCAUCGGGCGCCUGCCCCCACCCGAAGAGUACAUCGUGGACCUCAUGUUCCACCCAGGGGCCCUGCUGAAGCUCCGCAGCAAAGAGGCCGACCUCUACCGCUUUCUUUAG